GAAGGGAUCAGUUCCCAUAAGGCGCUGGAAUGACAUAGAUAUCACCGGUGUAGUUGUUACUUUUAACCAUGACAUCAUAGAUUUAAAAAUAAACCCCGAGGCACAAAUCCCCAGCACUACAUCAAGGGGAACACACCACCGUGGGAAUGAGAAGCAAGAAACCUGGGACACCGUGCCAUAAUCGGAUCACUUUUGUAAAAUACUGAACUGUUUCCAGGUAUUUAAGUGGCAGCUGUCAGGAGUUAUCCUCUCUCCCCUUUUUGGGAGCCUUUUAAUACCAUCCAAGUGGCUCAUCCUUGUUUGUACGCCUUUGCCCUGCCAAUCUCCUGUUCCAUCUCCCCCCCCCGUUGGACACCUGUUGAUAGGUGACACAAGCUAUUAUUGUGGCGAUUAACGGAAAGCGAUCGGAGCAUGAAAGAGAACCCAAUCCCUCUCAGGAAGGGCCAGCACUUUCAUUUCAAGUUGUUUUUGAGGAAGUGCUAAAGGCGUUAAGUUGGCUGGCCUGGGCAGGGUAUUUUUCCUUCGGUUUUGAAUUUUGUCUUUUCCACCUGGCAACCGUACACGCGUUGCUUUAUUGACCGGCUUGCCAUGCUGCAGCAAAUUUUGCGGGAUAUGUACAUCGAUCCGGAGCUACUGGCCGAACUGAACGAAGAACAGAAGCAUGUCCUCUUCUACAAGAUGAGGGAAGAGCAGGUCAGGAGAUGGAGGGAGAGAGAGGAAGGCACCCAGGAGGGAGACUCGGCUGUGCUGCAAAGGACAGUGAGACUCAAGCAGAGUAAUGACAAACGAGUGCAGUGGCUCUGCGGGACUGAUGGCGAGGUCUGGGUCUGGAUUAUGGGAGAAGCUCCUGGAGACAAGCCUUAUGAGCAGCUUACAGAGGAACUUAUUGCAGAAAGAGCCAGGCAACAAGCCCAGAAGGAAGCAGAAGAAUUAUGGAAGCAAAAAGAAGCGGAAAUCACAAAGAAGUUUCGAGACGCUAUGGCGAAGGAGAAAGCUCGAAUAGUGGCAGAGAAGUGGAAGAUAGAGACAGAAGAUCGCAAAGCAGCCAAAAUGAUGGAGGAGAAAAUCCAGGAGGAAUUAAAGAAAAGAGAGGAAGAAGAGAGGCAAAGAGGUGAAGAGCAGAUACGGCAACAGGAGGAACGCAGGGCUCAAGAGCUGUACCUGAGCCUCAAGCAAGCCCAGCAGUAUAGCCUGCAGAAUGAAAAGGAAGACCAUGAAUGGGAAGAACAAUUACGUCGCUCGAAAGCUGCGGAUGAGGAAAGGAGCCAUAAAGCACGCCGGGCCCGAGAUGAGUAUCGGCGGCAAUCCUUGCGGGCAAUCCAGAAAGGGAAAGUGGCUGGUCUCAGUAACCUGUUCCAGGCAGCUGGUCUGAAUAUCGAGCCAGAAGCAAAGCUGAAUGACGCCUGUCCCAUUCCAGCAUUCACCAUGACGGUAUCAACCAGUAAAGCCUGGGAACGGCCUCUGAGGCCUUUCUCCAGAGAAGUUAUUAUUCAGUGGUUCAAAGAAGAGCAGCUUCCACGCCGUGCUGGAUUCGAGAGGAACGCUAAUACUGUGGCGCCUUGGUUUCAUGGCAUUAUUAGUCGCCAGGAGGCAGAAGAGCUGCUGAUGAACAAGUCUGAGGGAGCAUUCCUAGUGCGGGUCAGUGAGAAAAUCUGGGGAUAUGCCCUGUCCUAUCGCCAUCAGAGUGGAUUCAAACAUUUCCUGGUGGAUGCUUCCGGAGACUUCUACAGCUUCUUAGGGGUGGAUCCCAACCGUCAUGCCACACUCACAGACCUUAUUGAUUUCCACAAGGAAGAAAUAAUCACAUCCUCUGGCGGAGAGUUGCUGCUGGAGCCUUGCAGACAAACAAAGAACCCACCUGAUUAUAGCCCUUUAUUUGAAUGACUGUGGAGACUAUAGUAAAUAUUUCUGGAGAGCAGGAAUAAUUAGUGAAAUGACUCCACCUUAAGAUAUAAGACAGCAGCUUAUCACCAGCUAAUGAAUGGCAAAUGUUAACCAAGAACAAGUCUUAUAUAGGCAAUCCAACUUUUAAUUCGCAGCCAUUAUUUAUCUUAUUAGCCAUUUAAAACUGGAAGCACGUGAAAACAAUUCCUCUACAAUUGUCCUUCAGAAUAGGGUUAAACCACCAAUGAUGAUCAAAAAUCACCCCCC